AUGGACCCCGAAUCCGCGUUAUCGCAGGCCUCGACGCUGCUCGCUCGCGCCGAUAGCUCGGGUCGGCCGCCGGUAUACAAAGCCAUUGGAAUUUCGCUGGCGGUUGCGUCUGGUGUGUUUAUUGGAAUCUCAUUUGUGAUCAAGAAGAUCGGGUUACUCAAAGCGAAUGUGAAAUAUAAUGAGGAGGCCGGAGAGGGAUAUGGAUAUUUGAAGAAUUUCUGGUGGUGGACUGGGAUGUCGUUGAUGAUUAUUGGGGAGAUAUGCAACUUUGUUGCGUAUGCGUUUGUGGAUGCGAUUCUGGUGACGCCGCUUGGUGCGCUGUCAGUUGUUAUUACGACGAUUUUGUCGGCUAUCUUUCUCAAGGAGCGGUUGAGUUUUGUUGGGAAGGUUGGCUGCUUCUGUUGUAUCAUUGGGUCGGUGACUAUUGCUAUGAAUGCGCCUGAACAGUCUUCUGUCGAUGAUAUUCAGGCCAUGCAGCAUUUUGUCAUUCAGCCGGGGUUUUUGUCUUAUGCUGGCGUGAUCAUUCUCGGGGCUGUUUUUACGGCGCUUUGGGCUGGUCCUCGGUAUGGCAAGCAGAGUAUGUUUGUUUAUAUCAGUAUUUGCAGCAUGGUUGGUGGACUGAGUGUCGUUGCUACUCAGGGGCUGGGAUCUGCUAUUCUGGCUCAGAUUAAUGGCGAGGAGCAGUUCAAGCAUUGGUUUCUCUAUGUCUUGUUUGUCUUUGUGAUUGGGACAUUACUGACUGAGAUUAUUUAUCUGAACAAAGCUCUGAACCUGUUCAACGCUGCUUUAGUCACCCCAACUUACUACGUGAUGUUCACCAGUGCCACAAUCAUUACUUCGGCUAUUCUGUUCCAGGGCUUCAAGGGUACGGGUAUUCAAAUCGCAACAGUGAUCAUUGGAUUCAUGCAAAUCUGCGCAGGCGUAGUUCUGCUGCAGCUAUCAAAGUCUGCCAAAGAUGUCCCCGACGCGGCCGUUUUCAAGGGUGAUCUGGAUCAGAUCCGAGAGGUUGCUACUGUGGAAGAGCCCGAAUCCGAGCCUAGGGCUGACUCCAUUCGUGGUGCGGCUUCUAUCAUCCGUCGUAUCUCUACAGCUCGUCGCACUAUGGAAUCAGAUGAAGCCCGUCGCUUCUUCCACGACAAGCACGAGGACCAUCUGAAGCCACCCGGCGAGGGCGAGAUUAUUGAAUGGGAUGGUCUGCGCCGGCGCAAGACUGUCAUUGGCGAUGGCCCUACCAUGUCGCGACCACACACUCCUCGAACACCCUCUAUCAAGCAGCAGCAUCCACCCUGGGGCAUGUCACACUUUCCUACUGCCGAAGAGGAAGAGGGAGAAGAUGAGCACAGACCUACGACAAAGCAAAGCGGACAUUCUUUCUUGGAUGGUAUCCGGUCCCGCGCCACCAGUGUUUUAUACCAUGGUCAGUGGAGGCCUGUACAAACUCAGGAGGAGAAAAACCUUGAUGCCAACACACAGUCUGUCGGUAUGACAGAUAUGCCUCACCACGGCGAUGACGAUACAGAGUAUCACGGAGCCGGAGGCUUGGAUGCUCCGUUCCAUCCAACUCGUCCGCGUAGCGAUACCCCACGAUCAAUCGCCUGGGCUGACGAAAAGCCCGACAGCCUGGCCGCAGAACCCCUCGCCAAUACUGCUCGUCGUCAAUUCUCCUUUAAUAACAUGAUGAACCGUGUCAAGACCGGCAGUGAACCUCACGUCACUUCACCCCGCGGCAUCUUACGCCGAACUCACCUGGGAGGCGAUCUUCGCAAGUCUGCCACAGAAGAGGAAUCACUUGGCCUAGUUCAUGGUGACUCGCGAACUUCGCAGCCCGAAGAAGAACCCUUGAACGAAAAGCUGGAGCGCUGGUCGAGCGGUGAAUCUGACCUCGGUGAACCUCAGCCAUUAUAUACAGGGCGCCCCCAUGGAAACUCAGUGUCAAGCAUGUCGACCGCAGCAUUCCCAGCGUACGAAGACAACCACCACGUUUAUGACACCAACUCAAACCCCUACUACCUCCCUCACAACCGCCAAGCAACAUCUUCCCCUGAGCCUAUCUCACACGAUAAUUCCACCUGGCAACAACAUCCCCCAUCAUCAGCAGGAAUCCUCCUUCUCCACACACCGCCAUCCAAACCCUCUCCCCCUCUCCCUGAUAUCACACCCAUCAACACAAACGACCUCAUGCCAACCACUACCGAUGCUCCAGCGAUGAGGUCCGUCUCUUCCGAAUCUGCAGACUUGACAUCAGUCUCUGGCGAUGCGGAAAGCAAUGUCGACGACCAUCCCCCUACCCGUCGACAGAGUGGUUGGCGGAGACACAUGUCGUGA